AUGGUUUUAAUACGCAAAAUCAAAAGCGGACGUCGAUCAAUUGUGUGGAGAUACAAUGGUGAAGCACAGUAUCUUGAUGGACCUCAAUUGGUAGUGGUUUGGCCAUGUAUCAAUCGAAUACAACCAUUGACAUUACAUCAUGCUAAUGAUAUGCAGUAUUUAGAAGUCAGAUAUGCUGAUGGAAAAACAGAAAUUCAACCGGGGCCUGCAGCUUUGUUUGAUGAUCCACUGAAGAUUUCAUACAUUCAAACCAAAGAUCUGAUUAAGCUCGAUGCAAACGAAAUCUUAGUUUUAUACACUCAGGCUGACGAAAGCGAAAAACAAGAUUUACAUUCAGUACGUCAAAUAGUCAAAGGUCCAACACUGUAUGCACCGAAACCAAAUGAAUGGAUUCAUGAAUUCACAUGGCAUGGUGAAGAUGGUGCCCAUAAAACACAUAUCGUCCCUGGAGCAAAAAAAUUCCAAAAACUUCGCCUGAUUCCUGAUCAAUUCUAUUACAAUAUAACCGAUGUACGUACUGCGGACGAUGCAUUGAUCACUGUGAAAUUAAUGAUCUUUUUCGAAUUGAUGAACGUUGAGACGAUGUUGAACAAUACACGUGACCCAAUUGCAGAUUUUAUCAAUGCGAUUUGUGCAGAUGUCAUUGCUUUCGCAUCUGUACGAAAAUACGAAACAUUUUUGGAGAAUGCCAAUCAGCUCAAUCAAUUAGAAACUUAUCCGCAAUUACUAGCACGUGCAGAAACAGUCGGAUAUCGAAUAAACAAGGUCGUUUUUCGAGGUUAUCAAGCAACAGAAAAACUACAAUUGAUGAAUGAUAACGCUAUUGAAAAGCGUACGAAAUUACGAUUGGAAGACGAAGCAGAACGUCAGUUACAAAUUCUCGAAGAUUUAAAGCUAGAAAAACGCUUCGAACGAUCACAAAAAGAACGAAAAAUGCAACUUGAACAGAUGUUGCACAAGCUCGAUAUGGACAAACAACAGCAUGCUGGUCGUUUACAAGCAAAAGAAGCAGAAAAUCAACUCGAACAUGAACAUCAGCAACUCUUACAUGAAAGCGAAAUAAAAUUCUAUGAAAAAUUAAGAGAACUCGGAACGGACAUUACCCAAGUAAUGGUCGCACAACAACGUAAUCCUGAUAAAUUAAUUCAGAUUGUGAAUGAUAAUGAACACAAAACAUCCAAAACGACACCGACUGUUCAGUUCGUAGACAAUCUUUGA